UGUGGCGUAUUUUAGUUAAUUUUCAGUUGUUGCUACUGCCAUCUUAAAUUAUGUCUGGGCGCGGCAAGCAGGGUGGCAAGGCCCGUGCCAAGGCCAGAUCACGCUCCUUUAGAGCCCAGCUGCAGUUCCCCGUGGGCCGAAUCCACCGGCUGCUCCGCAAGGGCAACUAUGCGGAGCGCAUUGGGGCCGGUGCGCCCGUGUACCUGGCGGCCGUGCUGGAGUACCUGACGGCCGAGAUCCUGGAGCUGGCGGGAAACGCGUCCCGCGACAACAAGAAGACGCGCAUCAUCCCGCGCCACCUGCAGCUGGCCAUCCGCAACGACGAGGAGCUCAACAGGCUACUGGGCGGUGUGACCAUCGCGCAGGGCGGCGUGCUGCCCAACAUCCAACCCGUGCUGCUGCCCAAGAAGACCGAGAGCCACCACAAGGCCAAGGGCAAGUGAGGAACCUGAACAUCCAGAGAGAAAGAAACCAAAGGCUCUUUUCAGAGCCACGCAGAUCCUCAGUAAAGGCUGUGCACAGCGCGAAAA